AUAAAAGAAAACUGCACUGUUUGAUAGCAUUACAUUAGCAAAGAUUCUUCUCAAUGUACAAAAAUCUAAUAUGUUUUAGAAUGUUUAUAGGUCUUUUCAAAAUGCACAUCAUAAAGAAAAUUUGCCUUGAUUGUAAUGAAUAAAUAAUAUGAAACUCCACUGAUUUGUGUAAAAAAUCGAUAUACGAGAGAGAUAGACAAUCCCUUACAAUGCAUCAUGGCAGCUGUUUAGUUCUACAUAGUUAAAUAUAUUCUUUAAAACCUUUGGCGGCUUUCCUCUUACCUUAAUGAUGUAAUAUUGCUAAAGGAAAGUAAUUAAGAAGCACUUACUAUAUUUUAGGUGGACUAAUUUCAAGUAUGUUACUCUUGUUUUGAGUGAAGUGUAAUCGUUGCGAUUUUUGCAUCGCUGUUGUCUUUGGAUCAGUUUUGCGGUCAGUGACGACAUUUGUUCGAGUCUACGCAAUGACGAGUGAUUAUGCCUCGCUUUCUGAGGCCUGGGGAAGGCGAGGAAAUUUCCUUGACCCAUUUAGAAGGAUGUCUACUGAAAUAAACUCUCUGCUGAGAAAAAAAGUGUUCACCGCCUACAGCUUUCUGAGUGACGAGUCCGAAAAUGAAGAAGAUGAAGAAAGCGAAAAGUCAGGGAAUUUGGCGUUUGGUGAAGUAGAACCAGAGGAGGACGAAGGCAAAACUUCUAAUCUACAAACAUUUUGGAAUAUUUUCAACGCGAAUCAAGGCGUUGCAAUCUUGGCAAUGCCUUAUGUCAUAAAAAACGGCGGCUACGCAUCCAUCGUCAGCAUCAUAGCGACUGCUUUUAUAUCGAACUUCACCAACAAAAGACUAGUACAGUGUUUGUACGAGCAAGCCAGCGAUGGAUCGAUUUACAGGGCACGGAACAGCUAUGUUGAGAUUGGUGAAGCGUUCUCGCCUCGCUUUGGUCACCAUCUUGUGAACGCGGCGCAAAUAUUCGAGCAAGUGUCCUACUGCACAUUACUACUAAUCCUUUGUGGCUCAAUCCUUCAGUCCACGUUCCCGGAUACUCCUUUGUCUCAAAGUGACUGGACUGCCCUAGCAGCUAUAAUGCUACUCCCGAAUGUCCUCCUCAAGUCACUCGCCGAUGUCUCCUGGGUGAGCUUUCUGACUGUCCUGAUAGGUGAAGUCAUCUACAUUACUGUGUUCCUAUACAGCUGUUAUCAUCACGAGAGAUGGGAUGUCGCUUCCCUACCCCCAUUUGCCAUCAAGAAAUUUGGCGCAGCAGUGGGUAUAGUUGUGGUGAGUUAUUCCUCACAGCCUUAUAUGCCGGCCAUCGAAGGCUCCAUGCAACGUCCCCAUAACUUCAACAACGUGAUGAAUGUCACCUACAUCGCUGUGACUUUCGUUAAAGUCUUCUUCGGAUUUAUAGGCUACCUCACAUUCACACGGGACACUGACCAGGUCAUCACAAACAACCUUCCUGAAGGCGUUCUUCACAUGGUCGUCAACCUCUUGGUUCUCUUCCUUGCCGCCACCUCGUACACCAUUCCCGUAUAUACGGUAUUUGACAUCCUGGAGAAUAUAUCAUUCCCAUGCGGGCGGAUGGAACAUCCUAGUAGCGCAAAAGGAAAAGACAAGUUGUCGUACUUCCAAGCCCUAACUGCACGUCUAUGCGUCAUCUCCUUCACUCUUCUCGUUGGCGUUCUUGUGCCACAUUUUGGGCUCUAUAUGGCAUUGGUCGGAAGCUUCACUGGAAUGUGCCUGGCGUUCAUUUUCCCUGCUUUCUUCCACAUGAAGAUCUGCUAUCAAAGGAUGCAGUGGUAUGGCUUCUUCAUUGAUUCGUUCGUAGCUAUCUUCGGGAUUGUAGGUGCGAUUAUAGGCUGCCAUUUCUCUGUCCUAGCGUUGAUAACAACGUACCAAAAGCAUGAACUGUAACUAAUAUAUGCCAGGAUAUCGAAAAGAUUCUGUAAAGGGGGCGUAACAGGGAAUUCGGAUCCAGGGGUUUUGAAAAUCAAACAAAAAAACAACAACAGGAGAACAACAGGGGCGUUCCUAGAGAAAAACGCAGAGUCCAGACUAGUAAUUCACUGACCACGUAUUAACUAAUUAUUAAAAACGUUUACUUUCCAAGUAAUUACAUAAAAUAAUCCAUUCUUAACUACCAAUGAAGGGGUCAACUGGAGUCAAACUCAUCUCGUUACAUGAGCAGGGUGGGGUCCGGACCCCCCUCUCAUAUGAAGAAAACGUUGUCGUUUUGGGGGUCUGGUACCGAGGAAACUUAGUUUCUUUUCAGGGACCUUCUCAACUAACUAAAGAUGGUCACAGUAACUGUUUUUCUCUUCUGGUUACAAGUCAUAAAGUUUACGAAGCCCCUGGGGUACGCUCACUUUAAAAAUUACAAGAAUCAUACAAAUUUUCCAAAUAGGGAAUAUAUUAGUUUUCUUAUAUGGAAGUGACCGCGUUUGCCAUAAACGACAAUUUCGAACUCAAUUUUCUUGAUAUGGGACAGGCCCCUGUGAAGCACAUAUAAGAUAUAUAAGCAUUAUUGCUCUAGUUUGGGAUAUAAGCGUUAUUACUCGUAGUUUGGGAUUUGUAUUCAUUAUGUAGUCCAGACUCAUCACCUCCCCCAUCCCCUGAAUAUCCACAUCCUGGAAGAAGAGAAUACAAUGUUAGUAUGAAAACAUAUAUUUAUAAAUACCUGAAAGGCCGCACUGAAACCUCACCACAACCACUAUACUUGGGAUGCUAAAUUUUCUCCGUAAAGGGAAGGGGUAAUGUAUAUUAUUUUCUGUAUGCAUUGAUACUUACUGUAUUAAAAAUUAUAUUAUAUCUAUAAAAUAUACCAAACUCUGAUAAUG